GGAAAGCAAGGAUUUCUUAGAGCUCUCUGCUAUGGACAGUGCCAUCACCCUGUGGCAGUUCCUCCUCCAGCUGCUCCAAGAGCCCCAGAACAAGAACAUCAUCUGCUGGACCUCCAACGACGGGGAAUUCAAGCUGCUGCAGGCAGAGGAGGUGGCCAGGCUCUGGGGGAUCCGCAAGAACAAGCCCAGCAUGAACUAUGAUAAACUCAGCCGCGCGCUGCGCUACUACUACGUGAAGAAUAUCAUUAAGAAGGUGAACGGGAAGAAGUUUGUGUACAAAUUCGUGUCGUACCCAGAGAUCCUGAACAUGGAUCCCCUCGUGGUGGGCCGGAUCGAGGGGGACCCCGAAAUGCCCGGCUUUGGGGAGGUCACCAGCACCCCCAAGGACGUGGAAAACUGUGGCAAGGAGAAAUCCCAGUCCUGUGCUAAGCCCUCCAGCCGUAAUGACUACAUCCACUCAGGCCUGUACUCCUCCUUCACCCUCAACUCCCUCAACUCCUCCAGCGUGAAGCUCUUCAGGUCCAUCAAGAUCGAGAACCCUGCCGAGAAGCUGACGGAGAAGAAACCUCAGGACCCCACCCCUUCUGUCAUCAAGUUUGUCACCAUGCCCUCCAAAAAGCCUCCCUCUGCCCCCCUGGUCUCCACCACUUCAGCAGUGGCUGUCCCCUCCACGGCUUCUGCCACCCCCAGCGUGACCUCCUCGCUCCCCCUGGGCUCUGAGGAGACUCUGCAGACCCUGGAGACGCUGGUCCUGCCCAAGCUGAGCGUCCCUGAAGCUCCUCCAGCCCCUCUGCCAAACCUGAGCGCCAGCUUCACCCCGACCCCGCCCAUGCCCUCAGUUUCCCCCGCCCUGCAGGUGCCCUCCACGCCGCCCUCGCCGCCCCUGAGCUCCAACCCCGACCUGGACAUUGACACGGACAUCGAGUCUGUGGCUUCCCAGCAGCUGGAGCAGGCCCAGAGCCUCCAGCACCAGUCCCCAGAGCCCAAAGAGCAGCAGGAUUCAGCUGGGCUGGAGAAGGAGUUUGCCAAUCACCUCUCCAGAUCGAAAAAACCCAAAGGGCUGGAGCUGGCUCCCACUCUGGUCAUCACAGGCAGUGAUCCCAGUCCUCUGGGCAUCCUGAGUCCUUCUCUGCCAACUGCUUCUCUUACUCCAGCACUUUUCUCUCAGACGCCCAUCCUGCUGACCCCCAGCCCCCUGCUGUCCAGCAUCCACUUCUGGAGCACGCUGAGCCCCGUGGCCCCGCUCAGCCCUGCCCGCCUGCAAGGUGCUAACACCCUCUUCCAGUUUCCAUCCGUGCUGAACAGUCAUGGCCCAUUUACACUCUCUGGACUGGAUGGACCCUCCACCCCUGGCCCCUUUUCCCCGGAUCUGCAGAAGACAUAGCACAUGGAAUUCCUGCAGAAGGACACAGUGGGCAAGGCAAACAUGGGACACUUCCCUUCUGCCACCUUUUUUUAAAACAAGCAGUUUGUAAUUCCACAGAGAUUCUCAACAGUUGGAGUUGUUGCCAUUCCCGAAUCAAAAAAAAAAAAAAAGCCUUUUUUUGUGCAAAAAUUCCCCCUUUUUUUGGAAGAACCCAGGUUGGGAAUGUAUAUGCAAACGCCUUAAUAGGAGCUGCAGCUCCAGUCUCUUCUCCUCCUCAAUUUGGAAGGUUUUUCCCCAUUCCAAAAGGAAUUUUGGGUGGUGUUGCAGCAACUGAGUCUGCACUGACUGCAGCAAACAGCACCAGAGGAGGCUUUUCUCUGUGACUCUUGAAAAACAAACAAACAAAACCCUCUGUUCUUCUGCUUCCCGUGCUCAUCAAGGAGAACCCUGAAUCCUGAUGGAAGCUGGCAUUCCAGGAGGAGCUUGGGAAUGGGGUGUGUGCUGCCAGCUGUGCCCUGGGGCACCACGACUUGAGCAGCAACAAAAGCACCGGGGCUUUUCUGCUGCCCUUGUCUCUAUUUUUUUUUUCUUUUGUUUUGUUUUUUGCAGGGAGAAAUUAUUUUUUUUUUCAAGGAUUUAUUCCAAGUUUAUGUCCAGGACAAUUCUGUGGAGCCCCUGGGAGAAGAGGUGGGGCUGGAUUUGGGAUGUUUCCCUGCCCUCCUUCCCUUCCCAGCAAUGGUUGGGAUGAGCUCCUUCCACUUCUCACAGAGUUUGAAUGCUGGAGUCCAAACAUUUCUUGUGCCACAGCCUGGCAGCUCCCUGCUGGCUCAGCAGGAUGGGAGGAUUUUCUCUGCAGUUUUGGGGGAUUUUCCCUGCAGUUCUGGGGGGUUUUCCUGCAGUUUUGGGGGAUUUCCCCUGGGUUUUUGGGGGAUUUUCCCUGGGUUUCUAUCAGGGAAGUUGCUGCCUGACCUGCAAUUCCAGAGCCCAGCAGGGUGAGUGAGAACAGCAACAUCCCACAAUUAGUGUUGCUCUUCUUUCCCCACAGUUCUGGAAAAGCUUCCUGCUUUUCCCCACGUGGAAAAGCUCCUCUUUUGCCAGCUCUGGUCCCAGGUUCUGCAGUGGAGCUGGUGAUUUUGGGGUUUUUUUGGAGGGAGCACUGACCCAAACCAGGUUGAGGGGAUUCCAUGGGGUUUAAGCUCGUGGUAAAUCUGCUUUCACCUCCUUGGUGUCCUGGAUUCAUGAUGCAGGAUUGUUUCCCAGAGCCGUUGGAGGUGAGAUGGAAUUUCUAGGUGGAUUUUUACACCUCAGGAGGCCUUUUAAGAAAACUGAGGGGUGAAACAAUGAGAGCUGCUCCUCUCUCAGCCCCUCAGCCUGGGAGUGUUGGGCUGUGGCUCUGUGUCCUUCCAAUCUGGGGCAUCUGAUGUCAGGCAGCAACUUCUGGCUUUGAGUUGGGGGUGUCAGAGGAUCUUCCCCACCAAAUGUUCCCAGAAAACAGCUGGAGACAUCUCUUCCUUCAUCAUCCUCCGAGCUGCCACGAGCAGAGGAAGAUUUUCCCCUCUCCAGCACGAGGAGCUGACAGAGCUUGCUGUAAAUACUGCACCUAUUCCGUGGAAAAGUGGUGAACUCAAACUUUUCCAGAGGUUUUUUUUUGUUUUUCCUUCUGCCACUUUUGCAGGCUUGGAAUUCCCUUUAAAGCCACAACACCCAGGACUUUUCUUUUCCUGCAGUGAUGUUCCCUUUCUAUGUCCUGACAUUGAGAUACAGAAAAACCACUUUUGUGUGUUCCUGACGUGACACCUGGGACAGGUGGGUGGAACAGAGUCGCUUUUUUUGGGCAUUGUUCACCUGCCCAGGGGAAAAGUGGGAGAAAAAAAUAUUCCUUUUUCAGGUGGAGAAGCAGGGAGUGAGCUCAUGGAGUGACCUGUCUUCCUGUUGGCUCCUGUCAGAGGCAAAAAAUGCUUCACAUUUAGACAUCAGCAGAUGCAGGAGGAAAUUCCUGCACCAGCAGCUCUUAAAAUGUGCAAUAUUGACCUUUUUUUUAAUUUUAUUUUUAUUUUUGAAAUGCAGAAGCGAAGCUGCAGGUGAUCAUGAAGAGCAGGCAUCUGGAAUUUUUGUUUUUGGUUUGCAUGUUUGGAGCCUGCUCUGGGAAAUUUCUAGAGUUUGUAUAAAUAGCAGCACUUUGGUUGGUUCAGGUUGGCCAAUUUUAUGCCUACCAAAUACUUGGACUUUUGACAUUUGCAGGCUGGGAUUCGAAUUGAAAAUUCAUGAAUGAGCACUAAAAACUUGCAAUUUAAUUGCUUCCCUUCCCCCUUGUUCCCCUGUGGAGAAAAGCCAAGUUUAACUGUUGAAAAUUUGUGCACUUAAUUCUUUGUGAGCUUUUAUGGCUUUGGGCAGAGGGUCAAGCCCAAAAAAAAGUUCUUUGUGGGCUCCUGCUCCUCUCCAAGAAGCUUCCCAAAAUUGCUGUGCCACAGAGAUCCAGCUUUUCCUGUGGAAAUGCAGCCUGGAUGGGAAGCUUUCCACCAGGAACAAAUGAGUGUGGACAGGAUGAGAAGCUCAGGAGGCAGCUGGGGAAGGGAGAGGAGGUGGGAGAGGAGCAGCCCGUGCUGCCUUUUCUCCGCUGCAGUUUUCAGGUCACUGAAGGGAAUAUUUCCUUUUGAUGUGCUGCCUCUUGAGGCCCCUGGACUGACAGGGAGCUGCCAGCUCCUCCUGGGUCCCGUUCCUGACAGAGCUCCCUGGGGGCUCAGCUCUGUCACCUGCUGGUUCUUUAGGUCACUUCAGGAGCACUUUUGUGCAGCUCCUCACAAUUUGUUUUUAAUUUAGCCUAAGGCAGGUGGGCUUAGAGUAGAUUCUGGUUUAGUUCUGUACCGUGGUGAUUUAAAAAAAAAAAACAAAACAACAAAAAAAAUUUAAAAAUGCAGCAUUACAGAAGCUUUUUUUUUUUCCUUAGGUUCCUGUUGCUGGAGUAGCUUUGGUUUUGUGGAAUGCUUGGUAAUUUUUGCAUCAGUUUGUUCCUGGCUGGCUUGGGUUGUGUGGGAGGUCAAAGCAUUUUGGUAGAAGACAGACAAGAACCCAGCAUCCUCCCCAGGUCCUGGAGGUGGGAAUAAACCCCUGCUGUUGGUCACACCUUCCAUGAAACCCAAACAUUCAAAUUCCCUAGGAUUUAGGGAAUCCUGGAAGCUGAACUCGUGUCUUGCUUCUGGAAAUCUCUUUUUGUUUUGCUUUAUUUUUCCAUGGGGAGCUGCUGCUGCUGCCUGGCUCUCUUUGGGAUCCUGGAUUUUCAGUUCCUGGCAGGAGCAGCUCCUGGAAGCAGGAAAAUGGCCCAUGGCCAUGGAGCCCUGGGUGUUCUGUCUGUCCUGGGGAGGUGAUCCUGGUAAAAGGGUGAUGGAGGAAUUUUGGGGUUGUUUUAGCAGCAGCUUUAGGUUUAGAGCUUUGUUUCAGAGCCGUCCUCAGCAGGGGAUGCAAUUCCUGUGCCCAGCUUUUGGCACAUUCAAGCUCUGGUUUGCAAUAGGAAGGGAUAAAAUCCCUGGGGUUGGACAAUUCCUUGUUUUCACUUGCAGCAUCCCAGCUUUGUGUCCAUGGAAUCCUUGGGGUGAUGGGGUGGUGUGUGAGAACAGAAGGGCUUUGGUGGGGAUCAUUUCCCCCCGAUGCAUUUUCAGACCUCAGCUAUCUCCCAGAUGGAACAUUUUGGGUUUUUGGCGUUGAUUCAGGGGGCAGUGAAGCUGCUGAGGUGCAGAUCUCCUUGUCCAGCUUCCCCCAGGCCGGGGAGCUCCAUCCCUGGGGCUCCAGCUGGGGUGGGGGGGAGUGAAGGGCCCUGCUCCCCUCCUGGAGCUUUUCCUCCAGCUGAGACCAGCUCUGCCCCUCUGGUGGGUUCAUUCCUUUAUUCACCUCGUUCUGCUCCUGUUUUCUGGCAGUUUUGAUGUGCUCUGCAGUUGAACCUCUCCAUUUUUAAGGCAGAUUUGUUUCCAGUCCAUCUCAGUGUCAGCUCUGGAAAUCAUCCUCAGCAGUGGGUCAGAGAACGUUGUUAAAAUCCACAGGAACUGAAAAACUUCUGAGUUUUGGUGGCUGUUUUGGUUUGUUUCCUUCCUCAGCUCUGUGAGGAAUAGAAUCUGGAUCUGGAAGAGUAGAAAUGGGGGAAAAAAAAAGAAAAUAAGAGACCUCUUGGCCUCUGAGCUGGUGGGGUGAUUUUGUCCUCAAAAUCAGAGUGGGGCGUUGCAAGCAGCCCCUGAGAGGAGCCCCAAAUCCUUGAGUAUUCACUCAGGAGCUCUCCAGGGUGUUUGAUGAGGGUGCUGCUGCCUAAACAGAGGUUCGUGGGUUGAUUUGGAGUUCAUUAAGCAGCAAUUAGCAGUGGCUGUUGAGUGUGAGCAGAUCCAGGGGAGUGGGACAGGAGCUGCUGGAAUCAGAGCUGGCAGAGGAAGAUUUUGGGAUCAAAUGCAGUUGAUCCCAAAAGUUUUAUGUCCCUUUGCCUUGGGGAAUGUUUAUUCCCCUCAGGUUUUAGAGCUCAGAAGUUGAUUUGGAAUAAUAAAACUGGGAAAAAAAAUGCAAAAGGGAGAAAAAUCUAGGGAAACACAGCAGUUGUGUGUGAGAUCUGGAAUUGAUCGGGGGGUGAAUCCUUCCCCAGCAGGAAUUCUGGGAGGCCAGAAUCCUGGGAAUCAGCACACAUCCAGCAGCAGCUGCUCCAGCUUCCUGGGCUGGGCAGGUUCUUUGUGUCUUGGGGGGAUUGAAAUCAAUUUAAAUCAAUUUAAAUCCAUUUUUAGCACCCCCACCCAGCUGUGUGUGUCCUGUUCAUUCCUGGAGUGCACAUCUGCUUUGGGAAGGUGAUUUUGGCAGCUGCUCCAGCUUCCCUGGGCUGGGCAGGUUUUUGGUGUCUUGGAGGGAUUGAAAUCAAUUUAAUUUGAUUUUUAGCCACUCCAGCACCCCCAUUCCCAUCCAGCUGUGUGCCAGUGUUGUCCUGUUCAUUCCUGAGGCAUUUUUGGGGCACAGAAUUCCACUGGGAGCGACUGGGGAGGGGAGAGGUGGCUCUGGACAGAGAGAAAUCCUUGGGAAUGGAACCAAAUCUUCCUCCAGAGCCUGGUUUUAGUCAGGAGGGCAAAACAGAGGAGCCACCAGGGCAGCGCUGCCCAUUCCUGUCGGGAUUCCCUGAAGGGCUCGGGGCAGAAAGGUGAAAUUUUGGGUUUGGUUUCAGUCAAUCCUGCACUGAGGGAUUUUAUUCCUGCCAGGAACAAGCAGGAAUCAGGAGAAGGUGUUCCCUGCAGGUUGUUUUUCUGUCUGACCACAGGUGGGCAAGGCCUUGUUUCUCCCUGGAUAUUCCAACAAAAUAUCUGCUUCCUAUAAAUUAUUUUGGAACAAAACCACCCUAAAACUGGCAAAAAAUGAAUUUUGUUUCCACCUCCCAAAGAAAGCAGCAGAUUUUGCUUGUGGAGCUCUUCCAGGCCCUGAUGAGAAGCACACUCUGAGAUGAAAAUUUGUAUUUUUUUUUAGAUUCCUCAGUGUUUAAAGUCUGCCUGGAGCACACGUGGGUCAUGCCUGGCAGGAUGUGUUCCCAAAAAUCCAGAUAAAUAUCCCCAUCCUCCCUCUGAGCAGAUUCUGCACUCUGCAGUGGCCACUUUGAAAUAUUUUGCACUCCCUUGGGAGGAUUUUUUGGGUUUUUUCCUUCUCUUUUAGCACUCAAAUCAAUCCUGCCCCAGCGCGCACUCGUGAGUUGCCAAAGGUUUAUUUUUGACAUUGUUGGUUGCCACAUCUCCCGUUUAAAAAAUGUCUUAAAUGUGUUUUUGAGUAGUUUUGUGUGCAUGGAACAGAAGUUUGGGCUUGAUUUCAGAGAUUUCUCUGCUGAGGUUGUGCUGGAGGAGGUUUUCAUCUCAAACAGGAGAAUCCUGAGCCUUGGAAAUCAGGGAUCGAGUGGAGACAGUGAGGAGAGGCUGCAGCUGAUUCCAGCCCCAUUUCAGCAGUGCUGUACCAUAACUGGAAGCUGUCGUUGUUUAUUUUGAUUUUUUCCUUUCCUUUAGGGUGAUUUCUCUGUGGUUUUGGGGCACGGGGAGGCUCUGAGGGUGGCCUGUGCAUGGUUCCUGGAGUGUGCUGUGUGCUGGGGUGGGGGGGCUCCAAUUUUCCAAUCCCUGGCGUUGCUCUCAGCUCCCUGGGAUCAGUUUUGGGGCUGUAUUUUUAUUUUUAUUUUUCCCUAGCAUGUCCUAACCCCUCCAAGCUUUGAAACUGCUUCCUAGAAUUGUGUUGACUUUUUAUUUUUUUGUUGUUAUUGUGCUGUUGUUCAGUUGCACAGAGGUUUUUUUUUUCUGUAUAAAACAUACUUUUGAAACGUUUCAUUCUCUGUGAACAGGGUUGAGAUUUAUUCUUUGUAGCUUUGAGAAAGAUCCUGAAAUUCCCUUUUCCAACCUGUUUUGUAGCCUGUUGCAGUGUUACCAGAUGGCCUUAUGUACGUCACAGUGCUUUGUGAUGGGUACAGUAGCACAUUUAAUGCUUCUUCCCCUCUGUUUUUAGAGCUGAGAAGUUGAUUUGGAAUAAUAAAGCUGGGGAAAAAAAAAAAAAAAGGGAAAAAUUCCAGGGAAACACAGUGGUCGUGUCCCCUACAGGAGAUCAGGGCAGCUGGAAUUCAUCAUCCUUGUCCAGCAGGAAUUCUGGGAGGCCAGAAUCCUGGGAAUCAGCACACAUCCAGCAGCAGCUGCUCCAGCUUCCUGGGCUGGGCAGGUUCUUUGUGUCUUGGGGGGAUUUAAGUCAAUUUAAAUCAAUUUAAAUCAAUUUAAAUCCAUUUAAAUCCAUCUUUAGCCGCUUUGGGACCCCCGCCCAGCUGCGUGUGUUGUCCUGUUCAUUCCUGGAGUGCACAUCUGCUUUGGGAAGGUGAUUUUUGGGGUGGUUCCUUGCUGGAAUUUUCAGGCUGAGCCGGGUUCUUGGCAGUUUUUUGGGAGCUGGGAGCAGAUCCCUCCCUCUGGAGCUCUGGGCUGGAGUUUUGCCUUUCCCAGUUUUACCUGGCUGGGAUUUCCAGAACAAUCAGUGGGGAAAACAACAGAAAGGGGGAACAUUUCCAGUGGCUCUUUCCAGAACAGAGUUGCAUUUUUCUUUUCUCUAUAAAUAUAUAUAAAUAUAUAUAUAUUACAAAUUCAAGAGGCAAAGUUUUGUUGUAGUGAGUGUCUGAAACUUCCUACACUGGAGACUUUUCUGGACAAGACAGCUGUAAAAGUCACCCCUUGUUCCAGCCAGGUGACCCUGCCUGGGACAGAAUUGCUUCUCAGUCUAACUUUUUAUUUUUAAAUACCUUAUUAGAGUAUCUUAAUGCCAUUGUGUUUAAAAAAAAAAUGCUGGUAUGUAAUGCAAGUACAUAAAUAGCCAAAGUUUUCAGUAAUUGUUCAGUGUUACUAAAUUUUGCUUUUAUUUAACCUUCUGAGAUAACAUUUAGGAAGACCUUCAGCGUGUAAAUCAUCCUGAAAAUUCAGAGUAUGAGCAACUGGAUUAGGGCAGGGAUGGAGUUGUUUGAGCACAUUUCAGGUUUGAAUACAAUCAGGAGGCAAAGCUUUUAAGAUGCAAAAACUUCCUUUGCACUGUCCUGACACUUCAAAGUGACAAAUGCUGCUUUGGCAGUGGCUCUUUGGGAAUUGUUAUUCAAACAUCAUGAAGGUCUUUCCUGAGAAAUCAGGUGACUUUUUUCUAUUGCUUCGAUUUUUGUGCAAAAAAAAAAAAUGCAACAAAAUAAAAAUCAAUGUAUUGCAAUCUUUUUUUUUAAAAAAAAUGGGGUGGGAAUAGUUAAAGAAAACUAUUUUAUGUAAGAACUGACAGAGGGAUUUUGCUUUGUAUAAUGCAAGCUGGCUUUAAAAAAAGCAUUGUAGCAAAUUAUUCAAGUCAAUCAUAUGUUAAUAGUUAUGUGCAACCAGACAUGCAAAACAAUUGUAUUUUUUUAAAUAAAUAUUUUUAACAAA